CAAACGCAUCUCUUCCUUUUCUUAUUUCCAGUUCUGCGGCUUCUGCCUCUUCCUUUUCUUAUUCUUCUUUCCUCUUCUUUUGUUCUUCUCGCCGCUUCCCCGAACGGAGACUGAGGAGAUCGGGAGAGAGGGAGAUGCGAAGAGAGAUGAGAUCAAGAGAGAUCAGAGAUGCGAAGAGAGAUUGAAGAGAGAGAGAUCGAGAGACUGAGGAGAUCGGGAGAGAGGGAGAGUCAGAGAUCGGGAGAGGGAGUCGGCGAGAGGGAGUCAUCCAGCUCCAAUUCUCCCGUUCGAGAGGCACCCAAGAGCCUGUUGAGUUUGGGGGCGAUGUUGAACGAAUAUAUCUGUUUGAAGGAGCAGAAGGUGAUGGUGGAUCAGGAAAGGGUCCGAUUGGAGCAAGAGAAAUGCCGGGUCCAGACGCUCUUGCAGGGCAUGCAAGCUGUCAUGAACACUUACAAUUCCAGCGGAGCCUUCCCGUCGCAGCUGAAUAUCUCCAGCGGCGCUACCAGAUCAGCGAUUAUUAAUUUGGAUUAG